GGUGUCGCCUCGUUCUUUGCUCGGGCGUCUUUUCCAUGAGUAGUGGAAGCGCCCUUGCUCAGCAACUACCUACGAUCCCACUGCCCAUCAUGAGCGACAAGACGCCCAUCGAGAUAGACGAGCUGUAUUCCGCUGAAAUCACCCAACGCAUUCCGGACCUGAACGUUCCUUGCAGCGCGAAGCGUAGCGGUGACCAGAACGACCACACCACUUCCACGUCUAUCUGUCACAUCUUGGACAACCUGUCCCGCUGGAAUUACUAUUUGUGGCACGUUUGCUUGCAGUUGCAAGAACUUCGAGGUCCAGGAAAACUAUCCCUGGUAUGGGUCUUCUACAAAGGCAGGGGUGGUUGCAGGCAGCGAGCCCAAAGCCGUGACGCACGCUUUCUCUUUCACGUCCUGCUGGUAGAGCACAGAUGCGUCGAGAGCCUCCACCUGCACGACACUCUCAUCGAAGGCAGUGAGCUGGGCGAGUGCCGGGAGUUUGUCAUCUCGGCACUUGAGGAAAACACGAGCCUACGGACGCUGACCAUCGGCAGUCUGUUUUACGAAUACAAGUGCAUACGAGAAGACCUGUUCGUAGCCAUCUCUACAAUGACCUACCUGCGAGAGAUAGUCAUCCUCGGUUCAAGUGUGGCGCCGCCAUACCUGAUAGACGCCAUAUGUCCACUCCUCGAGUACACCACGCACCUCAUCACUCUAUCGAUGCCUGGAAUCAUUGUAGACGAGGAAGGUGGGGCACGCAUAAUAGGCGAGCUAAUGCGAAACAAUACAGUCAAAAAUCUGUCCGUGCACGUCAGCAUCCUGCAUUCGUACAGGCCAAACGGAGUUUCCAUAUUCUCUCAAUUUCUGGCCCGUAGCAUGCAGCUGACCUCGCUGAGUGUGCAAGGCGUGCGUUUAAAUGCAGAAGGAACAUGCGCGGACAUCGAGCGCAUUGUUGGACCACUCGUCCUUCGCGGUGAGCUCGAGAAACUCCAACUCACAGGCUUCAAUCUAAACACCAAAUGCGCCGCUCUGCUCACCGAAGUGGUGACCCGUAUAGAAGGGCGCCUUCGGAGCCUCGACAUUAGUGGAUGCCGAUGGUGCAUACCCAAGUCGUUCCGACAAGGUCGACCAGCCAGUCAAGCAACGAGCGGCGAACAGCCGGGUAACCCAACGCUCAGGGAGCCGAAAUGUCUCUGGCUUCAAGCGUUCGACUACACUGCGAGAGUGCAGCUGUCGUUUUUCGCCCUCAGCAUGGCAGGGCUCAGAGCGGACGACCUGCACGCCCUAUUCAACGUCGCAAUCCCUAUAGAAUCCCUCCAAAUUAUCUCGUUGAGGGAUGUCUCACGGAAAAAUCUGGCGCAAGUUUGCCAAAUCAUCCGGGAGUCUGGAAUGAGUAGUCGAGUACGCCUAGAAGACUCCUACAGAGUCGACUCUUCAACACUAGCUGAGCUGCGGGAGUUUCCGGAAGCGCUGCGUAAAAUCGCCAUCAGUUCUGUCGACCAUCCAAGUCCGAGAGCAUUCGAAAGCACGGUCCACCUGGCAUGCACCUGGAAACAAGUGACUAUGCUCCAGCUCCUCUUGACGCAAACGGUCCUGUCAGACGUCCCAACAUUUCACAAGCUGAGCAAGUGCUUGAGUAGCGCCGUCUCGCUGAGAGCCCUUCAGCUGAUAGGUUCCAAUCGGCCGGAUCUCAACGUCACACUUAAAUCGGCAAACCCUCCUCGCAGCGUGAUUCUGGAUGUUAUCUCCGAUAACACGACCCUUCGAGCACUGCGACUUAGCGGAUUUUAUCUAGGGGACGAGAACUUGUGGUUCUUCGUUGACGAAAUUGUCAGCAGUGAGAAUCUGUCUGAGGUCUCUUUUGUGUCUUGUGACCCAGACGAAAACGACAGUUUUAUUCGCCUCCUUGCCGGGGAAAUACACGAAAACAAGUCCCUCACCACGUUGCGUCUCCGGGCACCUACGGAUGGCGUAGACGAGGAGUGGUUCCAUGUUGAAGACGUCAUCAGCCGCAACACGGGGUUUCUGACGUGCGCGGCGCACUAUGGCGCGGGCAAAGACAGCUCGCCCCGUAGCCAGGCUGCAUACGGGGUUCUAAGACAAACUCCGGCCUUGAGGAUCAAGUUGGAGGCGCUGAGAGACGAGGGCUAGACAAUGGAUACCUCUCGAAACACUCUGCCAUAAAAAACUCUGAUGAUUGCGUAGCCAGGGCAGUGUUGUCGAUCGCAGACGGCUCGCCACUAGACAGCACAUAUGGCGAUUCCGCCAAGCGCUCGCGUUGCCGUAUAUCGUAAGCGACUGUACAUGUUAUAACAUUCACUAUCGCAGGCUGUCAUUUAACAUUCAUUAAAAUAUUUUAUAUAUGUAUAUCUUGUAAUCAAGAAGAUAUUUCAGCAACGUCAAGGCUAAUCUAUUGUAUUUCGCGGAUGUAUUAACAAGAGAAAUCCCAUUAGUGUUAUUGUUUCAUGAUUGUUUACUUCAUGCAAGCUCUUGUCUAUGUUCAGUGAUAUUUCAUAUUCGCCUUGUCUAUGUAUGUCAAUGCGCCUUUUAUAUGCUUGACGCUGCGAGAUUGUCGCAGAGAUUUAAAAAUAUUUAAAAUAAAUACAAAGUGCCCAUAUCA